AUGCGGGAAACUAAAUCAAUCGACUCCAGUGGCUCAUUGCAUCUGGAAACAGUCAAUACUACGCCAGCAGAACAAUCUUUGAAAAUAGAGGUGCAUGAUGAUAACCGCGAUUCUGUUGCCUCGCCUGACGAUCCUCGCGAUCCAAGGAACUGGUCAUUGAGAAAGAAAAAUGCACAGAUCUUGAUGGUAGCUUUUCAUUCCAUGAUAAGCACUUUCAUGGCUGCCGGCAUCAUCCCAGCCUAUGAGACCCUUGCCAAACAGUACAAUGUUACUGUCCCCGAGGCAAGCUAUUUGACAUCAUUCCAGAUUCUACUACUCGGUCUUUCACCCCUUAUUUGGAAUCCAAUCACAGCGGUAUAUGGUCGAUAUAAUGUUAGCCUUCUGUCAGUUUUCGGCAGUAUGUUAUGCAACAUCGGGGGAGCACGAUGCACAACGUAUGGGGCUCAGAUGGCCACACGUGUUUUGACGGCUUUUCUCAUCUCGCCUCCAAUAGGGAUUGGGAGUGGAGCAAUUACCGAGCUGUGUGAACCUGAAGAACGCGGCCAGAAGUUAGGCUGGUGGAUGCUUCUUACCACGAUAGGUACACCCGCUGGACCAUUUCUCAUGGGCUUUGUCACUCAGCAUAUCGGGAUUCAAUGGAUCUUUUGGAUCUUCGCAAUUAUCAACUUUGUUCAGUUACUAUUUUAUCUCGCAUUUGGGGACGAGACAGUAUACCACCCUGAUCUUCAAAUCGAAAACACAAAUUUCUUCACGAAGAUGAAGCCCCGAAGACUUGCUAAGCGAAAGCUGUCAUGGUAUGACUUUGUGGCACCCCUAACUUUGGCCAAAUCCCCUCGGAUACUUGUCACAGCAUGCGCUCAUGCAAUCACUUUCUGCUAUGGAAAUAUUGCGUUGAUUGUGGAAAUGCCGAUCGCAUUUGGGGAGAAGUUCAAUUUCAGUGCGCAACAAAUCGGUUUACAGUUUAUCGCUAUUAUCAUCGGGUGUGUUCUCGGAGAGCAAGUCAGCGGCCCUGGAUCCGACUGGUUUCUAAAACGUAUUCGGAAAUCGAAGGGAAACUCUCACCCAUCCGAUCGCCUAUGGCUUGCAUAUAUAGCCUUCUCAACAAUUAUUGCCGGAUUGCUGACAUGGGGGUUCCAACUGAAAAAAGCUGGCACAGUCUGGAAUGUUACUCCAUGUGUUGGUGCUGCAAUUGCAAGCUUCGGCAAUCAGAUGCAAACCACGAUUUUGACAACAUUCGCAGUUGAGAGCGAGAAGGAGAGAGCCAGUGAGGUUGGUGUAUUUGUCAAUGUUUGCAGACAAAUUUAUGGUUUCCUGGGGCCGUUCUAUUUUCCAUAUAUGUUUGCUGCUCUUGGUCUAGAUGGAGCAGCUGGCAUAAUGGUUGUGAUAGUUUCAGGAGCGGCUCUACUUCCUAUUGUGGCAGUCCAACUCGCUGCAAGGAGAUAUGAUGUUCAAAUUAGUUCUAGCUGA